AGGAGUAAGAAAAUUAGUUUCUCGUUGGAUACCCCACCUGUUGACUGAAGAGCAGAAAGCAGUCAGGGAUAAUUGGUGUUAAAAAAAGCUUGACCGUUUCAAUUCCGGAAACUCAAAAAAUGUGUACAGCAUUGUGGUCGCGACAUUUGUGUCAAAAGCGGGUCAUAUUGCAACAAUUCCCCGAAAGAAGAAUCAUCCUCCACCAAGACAAUGCAAGCUCACACACAGCCCAAAAAACAAGGCAAUAUUUAACGGAAAAAAACGUGGAAUUAUUGGACCAUCCUCCAUAAAGUCCCGAUCUAAGUCCUAACGAUUUCUUUACUUUCCCGAAAAUUAAAAACAGACUGCGUUUUAAAAGGUUCCAGUCACCAGAAGAAGCAGUUGACGCAU